AUGUUCAGCCAACAUGACUGGGAUUCCCUUCUCAUGACUGCACAAAGUGCUGUCGUUUUUGCUUCUUCAGUGAAGGAUAAAAAAGCUUGCAGGCCAGGAUUCUAUAAAGCAUUUGCUGGGAAUAUAAAGUGUUCCAAGUGCCCUCCGCACAGUUUAACCUAUGUAGAAGCAACUUCUGUCUGUCAGUGUGAAAAAGGUUACUUCAGAGCUGAGAAAGAUCCACCAACUAUGGCAUGUACCAGGCCACCUUCUGCUCCACGGAAUGUGAUUUCUAAUAUUAAUGAAACAGCUCUUAUGUUGGAAUGGAGCCCGCCUAGUGACACGGGGGGGAGAAAAGAUCUCACCUACAGUGUCAGCUGUAAGAAAUGUGGAUCAGACACCAGCCAAUGUGAGAUAUGCGGUGGAGGUAUCCGUUUCAUCCCAAGACAUACAGGCCUGAUUAACUCAUCUGUGACUGUGCUUGAUUUUGUGUCUCAUGUGAACUACACCUUUGAAAUAGAAGCCAUGAAUGGAGUCUCUGAGCUGAGUUUCUCCCCCAAGCCAUUCACAGCUAUCACAGUUACCACAGAUCAAGAUGCACCCUCCUUGAUAGGUAUGGUAAGGAAGGACUGGGCUUCCCAAAACAGCAUUGCCCUCUCAUGGCAAGAGCCUGACUUUCCCAAUGGAGCCAUUCUGGACUACGAGAUCAAGUACUAUGAGAAA